GUCUCUAAACUACGCAAUUCGUUUGUCUCGUAUGACAAUUCCGUGACACGAUCCUUAAACGCAUCAUGUUUGUUCACACAGAAUAAAUAAUUGCAUUAGAAAUCAGAAUUUUAGUAAAUUAAUUGUCAUCACGUUACCAAAUCAAGCAAGUGUUUUUAUUGUGCAAUUCUGUAUGAUCAGCGUGUCUUUCAUUAAGAUUGUAAAAUGAAUCAUUUAAAACAUAUUCGUGGCAUAAGCGUUCGUGCUUCAUCUAAUGCUGCUUUGCCCUCGCAUUAUGGACAGCAUGCUAAUGUAUAUUCCGAGAAUCUUCACUUAAAAUCUCAUUGUCAGUUAUUACGAUCAAAUCCAUUAUGCGUAGUAAAGAAAAAUCAUGGUGAUGCUAAAGAUUUGGGGCAGUUUCGUCAAGACAGUCUACGACUUGUUUCCAAAGAGAGCAAAACGAUUUGCAAACAACGUAGUAAAACCAAGUCUAGCGUAACUUCGUUAAAAAAGAAAUCGAUAAUGCAUAAGAAAUCACCAUCGGAGAGUAUAACAAAAAAAGUGUGCCAUUACUCUACGUGCCGGAAUGUCAAAUUUAAUAGCAAUGGAAUUAACAAACAACUCAUGCGUCAAAGCGAAACGAUAAAUGGCGUGAAAAACAUAAAUCGUCAUAGUAGUUUCAUUGCAUCCGUUGAGAAACGUCCCCGAUCGUAUGCAGAAAUUAUAUCCGAUUACAGCGAAUCUUUAUACAAGGAAUCUGCUGUAGGCGCACGAAAUAAUAGUUUCCAUUUCAACAAUGCAAUACGCAAGAGCCCAUUCAGUACCUUCUCGACUUCACUUCCCGCUAAGAAAAUUAUGAACGUUGCUGAAUACAGUGAACUUUCAACUGAAAGACAAAAAAUUGAUUUUCCUCUUCCCGUUAAGUCUCUCGAUCUUUGCAAUCGAAGUAAUAACAUAAACACUGUUGAAUGUUAUGAUUUUCAACAUAGUACGUGCACGGCAGAGGCAAUGAAUAUCAAGCAGAAUUGCGUUAUUACAAAUGACUUGAGGAACGAUCAAUCUUAUGCGAAAUUAAUUGCUGAUUGCAGUAACGGCAUGCAUAAUAUUCCUGUUACAAGUGUUUUGAACGAUGAUCUGAUACCAAAAAGGAAUGUGUUGCCAACAAAUUCUUUCGAAUCUGUCAUCGCUCCGAAAAAAACUAAUACAUGUACGCAAGAAUCAACGCAAAAGAUAACUCCUAGUGUUGAUACAUUAGAAAAAAAUAUCAAAGAACAAGUGAUUAAUUUAAAGGAAAAUGAUUUGUUAAAAGAAAUGGAAAACGUAAUGAGUGAUUUGAAGGGAAUAAUCGAAAGAAAAGAUACAAGAAUCGAUGUUCCUAAGAUAAAAAAGAGUGAUAUUUUGCAAUCUGUAUCUAGUAAUUUGGAUAAAAUUCACGAACUUGCAGAACUUAUCGAACCUAACAAGCAAAAGAAGAAGGAUGUAACAUUCGGAAAGUUGAGCUGUCAAUUGAACCAAAUUAAUAGAAUGGAAAAACGUAAAAAUCUUGAAUUUCAAAAGCACAAUUAUUCGCAUUUAAGUGACAAGACUUCAAAUCUGCCACAAAACUUUGGUAAUGUAGCGGAAAGUUCAGUCGUAAGGAAGAAAUCCACACAUGCGUCAACUACCGUAUUGAAACAGCCGCAGGUCAAAUUGCGCAUGGUACCUUCUGAAAAAGAGUCCAUUGUGUCGAUCAACGUAGACCAAGCUUCAACUGGAUCAUCAGAUCCUUUAAAUUCCAAACAUCUCUCUGUCAUUGUGCAAUCUGAUCAGAAGGAAGAGUUAGCGAAUACCCAAUGGAACGCUCCAGCACUUCAGCAUAUCACCAAAAGUGCAUUGCAGCGCAAUGAUUUCGGUCCAAUGCGUAUUUCGAUUAGUGAGGACUCUGCGCCGGUUAAACAGAUUGAGUUUUCAAUCAACGGCAAACCGGUUUCGGAACUGAAGAGCAUCACCGCGCGAACAGAGAGACUAGACGUGGUGAGUUCCAUGGACAAAAUCGAGAUCAGGAUACCGUUCGCCAAGGACGACUCGAACACGUUGGACAAAAGCAGAGAGGAUAACACGCCGAAAGGAAUCAAUUCGAAUGUAGGGCAAAUAUUGAACGUGCAAAUAUCUGCUAAUUUUCAAGACGAAUCUACGAAAAGUAAUAGCGUGGAAAAACCGGCAAAGGCAAUACAACAUCAGUAUGAUAAAAAUGUGGUAUCAAAAUCACCAUCGUCACUUUUUAAAAGUUCUUAUUCGUUCGAUAAUGUCCCUAAAACUUAUGAUGAAAAUCUUAACAACAUUAACCUACCACAACACGAUAAAAUUGAGUCUGCCAAACGAAUGAAUAUUACUUUUGAUGAUAAUAAACAUAUUCACGAAUACAAAACUUCGGAUGACGUUAAUUUUAACACCCAACACAAAACGACGAAAGAUUUAUCAGUUGACGAAACGAUGACAGGCGUUUCAUUCAUCAAAGAAGUAAAUAAUGUUAAAGUUGAAAGCUUGAAUGUAAGAAAAACGAAUACCACAGGAUUUCCAAAGGCGAAUGUAAACAAUAAAAAUGAAUCUUCUGACAAUCGCGUUCCGUCGAACAUGAUACCUUGGUGGUCUUCUUCGGAUUCCUUCAACAAGAUAAGAAAGAAGCAAGAUAAUCAUAGACCGCUUACAUCACCAUUAAAUCGAAAUGAACAAAAAACAGUUUCAAAUCUAAAUCAAAAUCUUAUUUCUAAAUCUUCAUUGUCAAAGCCGGAAGAAACGUCAAAUUCAAAGAUGAAGAAAACUCAAACGACAAGUGAUACUACAAGUGAUUCUGGCAAUAUAAUUUCUUAUUCGAAUUCUAUGAAGUUAUAUAAAGAAUCUAAACCUUUUCAUUAUGCAUUUAGAUUAAAACCAAAUCAAGGAUAUCACGAUAUUAUUCCUGAAAUUGUAAAGAACGAUUUGAAAACUGAAGAUAAUCAGACGUUAACUGCAAAGAAAAAUAUCAAUAAAAUUUCUGGAGUAAAACAAACAGAAUCAAUUGCAUUAUUUAGAUCUGAUACAAUAAAUAUAAAAGACAAGCAUGAUGUAAGCGUGAAAGAAAAUGCAUCUGUGCUACAAAGAAAAAUCAAGAUACCAAGCAGUGCGCAGAAUUUACCACCCAGAAAUCAAGAACAUAAAAAUAAUUAUUCGCUAAAGCAGACAAGAUCUAUUGAUAAUGUAUCUAAAGAUAUAAAAUCUAAAAUAAAAGAAAAAUCAUUCAAAAGGAAAGAAGAUGAUGCUUUGGCCGAUGGUGACUUAAAAAAAGAAGUGUCGUUAAGAAAACUGACAGCAAGUUUAAAUAGUAGAGUGAAAGAAGUUCAAUCUCCAUCUUCGAUAAUUAUGACAAAAGAUUUGAUUUCAAAGUCACCUAGCGCAGAAAUAAUAUCAAAGAAGGUUGAUAAGACAACAUUAAGAAAACAAGAAUCGGCCAAUACAAAAAAAUUACAAACAAAGAUAGAUAUCUUGAAGGAAAAAGAUUUAAUAGUAAAAAACAAUACAAUUAAAACACCGAACGAAAACAACAUUGAGAAUAGAAAAGGGGUACCUAAUGAUUAUAUGAGCUCUUUAAGGAAUCCCCCAAACUUGAUACAAACAUUGAAAAAACAGGAACAAUUGGCUAACAAUAGUAUCGUUUUUCAAGAUAAAUCGAAAGAAAAUUUAAAAUCGUUAAUAAAGACAAAUAAAAAUAGACCUAAUUCUUUAUUAAACACAAUGAGUUCUUCAAGAACAAUGCAAAAGUCAGAAGAAUUAAAAAAGACAUUAUUAGAAGAGUCAAAGCAAAAUAGACCGAAGAGUUUAAUAAAUAUAAAAAAUAUUUCAGAAGCAGUUCAAGAAUCCGAAAAAUUAAGAAUCUCGAAUUCAAGAUUGAUUGACCUAUCCAAGGAAUCUUCAGAUACGACAACGUUAAAUAAAACGCAUUUGGAAACAAUAAAACAAAUACAACCAAAAUCAAAAAAUAUAAAUAAAAAAACAACUGAUAUAAGUAAGUUAUGCUCUUUACAAACAAUAUCUGAUUCAACGUCGAGAAUAAAAGAUUGUGCCGUAUCUAGAGAAUCUAAUGAAUAAAAAUACAGAAGAGAUAUCUGUUACUCGAUCUAUGAAAACGAAAACGACCGAUAUAGCAGCCAAAAUCGUAAAUCAAAAUCUCAACAGCAAGGAUCUCCCAAAGGUCAACGAGAAAAAUUAUUUCAAUAGGUCAAGAUCGGAUAAAGAAUCAGCUGGUUCUUCGAGGAAACCGAAUGAUUUGAUUGGUUUUAAAUCGACUGAUUUAAAGACGAAAUCCAGAGUAAUGCCAAGUAACAAUUACAUUUAUACGAGAAAAUGGUUCAUGGAAUCAUUUUAUUAGAAUAGGAAAAAUGAUAUUGUAUCGAACUCGCAGUCAGUUAUAUUCAAAGUUCGACAAAACUUGAAUGGCGUCGACAUGUUAGAACAUCCUGCGUCAAGCGUAAUUGCAAGUGACGGACUGUGGAUUAAAACGGACAGACCAGAGAAAAACAUAUUAUAUUCCGCAUGGUUACAACGAUCCGAAAACGAUAUAAAGAAUGAGAAAUUAUUUUAAUCUCUUAUUUUAAAAAAGUUUCCACACACACGUAGAAUUUUGUUAAAAUGUAUUUAUAUUAUGUUAAAUUUUCAAUGUGUCUUCAAAUAUCAUCAUUUAUCGAUGUUUGUAAAUUAAAGAAAAAACGUUUUA